AUGAAUCUUGAAAAGCUUCUAAAUGAUUCGAAAUGCCGGCCAAACUGCUAUAGGGCUUACGUUAUAUCUCUCCAAUCUCUCUUCACGAUCGAUCUAAGAUCUAUAUGCCCCUUUCUUCAACAUCUUCAAUUUCAUCAUCCUUUUCUUCCUCUAACCUCUCUCCUUGUCUGCGUACGUUUUCGGCAAUCGGUUCUUUGUCGCAGUUCGUACCCUAAAUUCAAAGAUCUAUUCAUAUCUAUUGUGAUUCAGGAAUUUUCUAUUUCUGAAGACUAA